AAAAAACAGAGUAGAUAGAAAGAAAACAGAGCUGUGGAAUCGUGAGAUAGAUCGAAACGUGUGAAUUUCUGUCAUUCUAUUACUCGGAUUCGGUCUCAGAAACAAAACAAACGUGCACACACACACACACAGAGAAAGAAAAAAAAAGAAAAGAGAGAGAGUCACCAUUAGAAUACUAGAGCUAAAAAAACAGAGAGACAGAACAGAACAGAGGAAUAUAAUAUACAUUGACCUCUCUGUCUUAAGGGGCAAGCACAUGGCUCUCUCUCUCUCCUCUCCACCGUAAAAUCGCGUUUUUUAUUUUAUUUUAUCCUAUCUUUCACAAUUCACAUGCACCUAUCUCUCUUCUCUUCAUUGGCUGGUUAAUUAAUCAAUCUUCCCAAUGCUCAUCAUUUGAAGUUUAUUUACUCUGCCCAGGAGACUCUCUUCAGAUCUAUUUACUGUUUCGUUAGUUCUUUCUCUCUUAAUCUCCCAGUGAUCGGAGCCGGUGAAGGUUCUUGAUCAGAGACCAAGAUUCUCCGUUGAUAUAAAAGCGAAGACUGUCUGAAUUAGAGUGUGUUUGUGUUCUUGUCUGAAGAAGAAACUCUUUUGAGAUCAAAAUGGUCUGCGAAAUGGAGACUGAUCAGACCGAAGAGAUGGACAUCGAAGUCUUGUCCUCCAUGUGGCCGGAAGACGUCGGCGGAACCCAAGCCGACAACAACCAGUUCAACGUCGAGAAACCCGCAGGUGAUUCAGACACAUUAAAAGAAGUCGACAUCGCCGAGAAACGCACCAUGGCUGAUUUAAAACGCUUGCCGGAACUCAUGAACACGACCGACCAAGGCUCCUCUCAACUCACCAACUUAGUGAAACAAUGGGAGUACAUGCAGGACCACGCGGUUAAGCUACUAAGAGAAGAGCUCAAGAUUCUCACGAAACAGAGAGAAGAAGCAGAGGCCAAAGAGCUAAAGAUCAUAGAGGAACACAACUUCGAGACCCAAGAGCCUGAGAACGUUCCGGUUCUGGACGAUACUAGCCAUUUGCUCCGCAGGUUUAAGCACACGAAAAGGGAUGCGUUGGUGGGUAGCAAAAGGGUUGAGAUCGACGAGGAGUUUGACACGGUUGCGUAUUGGAAGCAGAAGGCGUUGAGUCUGGAGAAGAUGCUUGAAGCGAGUACCGAGAGAGAGAGGAGGUUGAUCGAGAAGCUGAACGAGAGUUUGAAGACCAUGGAGAGUCACUCGGCACCGGUCGAAGAGUUGACUCAGAAUCUCAAAAGAGCUGAAGGGUUCUUGCAUUUCAUACUUCAGAAUGCACCUAUUGUUAUGGGUCAUCAAGAUAAAGAUCUACGUUACUUGUUCAUCUACAACAAGUUUCCUACCUUACGGGAACAGGACAUAUUGGGGAAAACAGACGUUGAGAUAUUCCAUGGAGGUGGAGUGAAAGAGUCCGAAGAUUUCAAGAGAGAGGUUCUUGAAAAAGGCAAAGCUUCAAAGAGAGAGAUCACAUUCGAAACAGACUUGUUUGGUUCAAAGACGUUUUUAAUAUACGUCGAGCCCGUCUACAACAAAGCUCGCGAGAAAAUCGGUAUCAACUACAUGGGAAUGGAAGUAACUGAUCAGGUGAGGAAGAGAGAAAAAAUGGCUAAACUCAGAGAAGACAACGCGGUGAGAAAAGCAAUGGAGUCAGAGCUGAACAAGACCAUUCACAUCACAGAGGAGACGAUGAGAGCCAAGCAGAUGCUAGCGACAAUGUCUCAUGAGAUAAGAUCGCCGUUGUCAGGGGUGGUGGGAAUGGCUGAGAUACUUUCCACUACAAGGCUUGAUAAAGAGCAGAGACAGCUGUUGAAUGUUAUGAUCUCUUCUGGAGAUUUGGUGCUUCAGUUGAUUAAUGAUAUUCUUGAUCUCUCCAAGGUUGAAUCAGGUGUGAUGAGACUAGAAGCCACCAAGUUUAGACCAAGAGAAGUGGUGAAGCAUGUGCUUCAGACAGCUGCUGCAUCUCUCAAAAAAGACUUGACAUUGGAAGGAAACAUUACAGAUGAAGUUCCUAUUGAGGUAGUUGGAGAUGUUCUAAGGAUUAGGCAGAUUCUCACCAACUUGAUCAGCAAUGCUAUAAAGUUUACACAUGAAGGAAAGGUUGGGAUCAAACUCAAAGUGAUAUCACAACCAUCCUUUGCGAGUGAAGAACAAAACGGUUUGACUGAGACAGAGACUUCGGUUUGGAUUCGGUGUGACGUUUAUGAUACUGGAAUUGGAAUCCCAGAAAACGCACUUCCUUGUUUAUUCAAGAAGUACAUGCAAGCAAGCGCUGAUCACGCUCGCAAAUACGGUGGAACUGGUCUCGGUCUCGCCAUUUGUAAACAGCUGGUUGAGCUAAUGGGAGGUCAACUUACAGUGACAAGCCAAGUCAACGCCGGUUCAACGUUCACGUUCAUACUACCAUACAAAGUUGCAACAUCAGAUGAUCAUUCAGAUGAUCAAGAUUUCUCUGACAUGGUGGAUCAUCAUCAAGCGGAACCAGACGACACAACCGAAGGUUACUUCCAGUUUAAACCGCUUCUAGGAACUAUCUAUUCUAACGGCGGACCGGUCAUAGGCAAUAGUAACUUCUUACCUCAUAAAGUCAUGCUCACUAGCCCUCUUAAAAUCAUCAACGGCUUUGUCGCCGAUACUUCUAACAACACUGGACAAAGUGAAACGGCUCAGGUUGAAAACGGCUGUGGCUACAUGGAUGAAACAUGUUCUGGUCAACGUCCUGAAUCAGUGAAUCAAUAUGAGAACGGGACAUGUCCCUCUAAGGAAACAGAGUCUUGUAGUAGUAGUUCACAAGCUAGCUCAGAAGGUGGAGCCUUAGAAAUGGAGUCAGAUCUUACCGUUUCAUCAAAGCAGCCAAAGCUUUUGCUUGUGGAAGAUAAUAAAAUCAACAUCAUGGUUGCAAAGUCUAUGAUGAAACAGUUAGGCUAUACCUUUGAUAUUGCUAAUAAUGGAGUUGAAGCCAUAACAGCUAUUAAAGACACUAGUUAUGAUUUAGUACUCAUGGAUGUGUGCAUGCCAGUUCUGGAUGGUUUAAAAGCCACAAGACUGAUCCGGUCCUACGAAGAAUCUGGGAACUGGGAUGCUGCGAUAGAAGCCGGAGUAGAUAUAAAGACAUCAGAGAAUGAUGUGCAUUCCACAAACCGGCUGCCUAUAAUAGCGAUGACGGCAAAUACAUUAGCAGAGAGCUCAGAAGAAUGUUAUGCAAAUGGGAUGGACUCUUUUAUAUCGAAACCUGUAACGUUGCAGAAACUAAAAGAGUGUCUGCGACAGUACUUGCAUUGAGUGUAUGUGUUUUGUGUAUAAAAUGUGAUUA